GUAUUAAAAACGAUUGUUUAAUAAAGCGUGCCUGGUGGUGUUAAGUUUUCCAUAGUAUGUUAAAUCCAAAAGAACAGAAUACGAUGUGUGAAUCAAGAGUCAACGAAGUUAGUACCAUUGUGAGGAAUAUUAAGUACGACCGGCACGUGUAUGAUUCCGAAAACGUAAUAGAGAAGGAAAACCCUUACUAUAGCAAAAAAUACGAAGAGGCCUACAAAAAAUCGAUAACCAAUCCUGAAGAAUUUUGGCCCGAAGUGGGCAAACUGGUCACAUGGACUAAACCAUGGGACAAGGUGAUGGACCACUCCCACCCCCCGUUCACCAAAUGGUUCGCAGGGGGUGAACUGAACGCUUGCUACAACGCCGUAGACCGGCAUGUGGAGGCGGGCCGCGGCUCCAAAGUGGCCCUCAUCCAUGACAGUCCCUUGACUAAAACCGUUAGAAAAAUAACCUACGCUGAACUGCUCGAUCAAGUGUCGCAUCUCGCGGGGGCUUUGGCCAAAUUAGGGGUCUCUAAAGGGGACCGAGUGCUGAUUUACAUGCCUCUGAUCCCCGAAGCUGUAAUCGCGAUGCUAGCGACGGCACGACUUGGGGGAGUGCAUUCAGUUGUUUUCGGAGGCUUUGCAGCGAGAGAGCUUUGUGCAAGGAUUGUACACGCUGAGCCCAAAGUGAUAAUCGCAGCGAGUUGUGGGAUUGAACCGCAUAAAAUUGUACGAUAUAAAGAUAUUUUGAAUGAUGCAAUUGAAUAUUCAUCGCACAAGCCGAAUAAGUGUAUUAUUUUUCAAAGACGGAAUGUCGAAUGUGCUCCGAUAGACGUUGAAAUGGAUAUUACAUGGGAGGAUGCGUUAAAAAUGGCAGGACCUCAUGAAUGUAUCUCAGUUGAGGCCAAUGACCCGCUUUAUAUUCUCUAUACGUCUGGAACGACAGACCAGCCGAAAGGUAUACAGAGACCGGUAGGUGGUCAUAUUGCGACUCUGACUUGGAGUAUGAAUGUCAUAUACGGAAUGGGUCCAAAUGAUGUUUGGUGGGCUGCUAGUGAUUUGGGUUGGGUUGUUGGUCAUUCGUACAUUUGUUAUGCUCCACUUUUAUAUGGAAUAACAAGUGUUAUGUACGAAGGGAAACCUGACCGUACCCCAGAUCCAGGCCAAUACUUUAGAAUAAUUAACGAGCAUAAAGUUAAUGCAAUCUUUACUGUUCCAACUGCUUUCCGUGUGAUACAUCGAGAAGAUCCUGACAUUGAAUUCGGGAGAAAAUAUUCGAUUAGUAGUUUACGGACGAUUUUCGUAGCUGGAGAACAUUGCGACUAUGAAACAAAAAUGUGGGCGGAAAAGACAUUCAAUGUUCCCGUUUUGAAUCACUGGUGGCAAACAGAAACCGGUCAUGCUAUUACUGCGACAUGUUUGGGCUAUGGUCAUAAUUUGAGUCCUCCGAAAUAUACAGCAGGAAUGCCAUUUCCGGGCUACGACAUUAAGAUUUUGCGGUCGGAUGGCAUGGAAGCUUCAAAUAACGAAUUGGGACGAAUUGUGAUAAAGUUGCCUCUACCACCGGGGACAAUGUCGACUUUGUACCAAGCUCCGGAACGAUUUUGUCAAGUUUAUUUCAGCCGAUACCCUGGCUAUUAUGACACUAUGGACGCUGGAUACAAGGACGAGUACGGUUACAUAUAUGUGACCGCUCGCGACGACGAUGUAAUUAACGUUGCCGGUCAUAGAAUAUCGACUUCAGCACUGGAGGACGUGGUUUUGGCCCAUCCAGAUAUCGCUGACGCUACUGUGGUCGGAGUUCCGGAACAUACGAAAGGGGAAGUCCCCCUCUGUUUAUAUGUCAUAAAGAGAAAUGCCAAAAAGAGUGAAACAGCAAUAAGUCGCGAUUUAUUAAGGAUGGUUAGGGAAUUGGUCGGACCAAUCGCAGCGUUUCGCAUGGCUGUUGCAGUACGAGGUUUGCCUCGAACUCGUUCCGGUAAAACGUGCAGGAAAUCUAUAUCGGAUUUAGCGCGAAAUAAGGAAGUUAGGAUUUCGGGCACUGUAGAAGAUCCAACAGUUUACAAAGAUAUUAAGGCUGCUCUCCAAAAAUUGGGGUUCGCACAUACUGCGCCGGAUCCCCAGUGAAAACUGUUUACAAUUUAAAUAAGUAUAGAACAUUUCCAUUAGUUUAUGUUACAUUCUAUUUUAUUAGUAUUUUGUAACUUAUUAGCUAAUUGUUUUAUUUAAAUUGUUGGUAGUUUUCUUUUUGCUCUUAAUCAGAUACAAAUUAAUGAUUGUGUUAUGUAGAUAGAUAAGAAACGAAAAAAUAAUAAGAGAAUUGUAUCAAUUUGAAUUGAAUGAAGAAAUGAAAGACAAAUGGUAAAAAAAACGUGAGUGUGAAUCAAAAAUAUAUAUAGAGAGGUGAGGUUAUUAAAUAAAAUGCAGUGUUAAUUAUA